AUGUCCAACUCUCCCGACAAUCACAUCCGCCUGGCGUGUCAGGCGUGUCAGAGGAAGAAGAUUAAAUGCGACCGCAACUUCCCGUGCACACAAUGUGUACGGUCCAAUCUGCAUUGCGUCGCGAGCUCGCGCAAGCCUCGAGCGCGACAUUCUGGCAAGCGUGCCGUCGACUCGGAACUGCGCAAUCGCAUUUCGAAGCUCGAAAACCUCGUGGAAAAUCUCAGCGGCGAUGUUGCCUUAGCUACGGAGGGGCCCUCCAUGAACGGUGCCGGUCAAGUGGCCGAGACAAAGGGCGCGGCCUCGCCUGCUGUCCGCAAAUAUAUCGGCAGCCAGUUCUGGUCUACUCUAACUGGCGAACCCUCGCCCCAAGCCUCCGCCGUCCUCUUCGAUGCCUUUUGCAGCAACGUCGACCGCAUCUCCAAGAUCUACCAUACGCCCUCGCUGCAAGCUUUCAUGAUCGAAGGGAAGCCCUACCUCGGCCACGAUCCUUCUACCCCAGGAAACAACGCUGUCAAGGCCGCCAUCUGGUUCGCCGCCUCCAACACCCUCUCGGAAGAUGAGUGUCAGAUGAUGUUCGGCAAAUCUCGAUACGCACAGUCGCAGAUCUUUCGCAAGAUGGUUGACAUUGCCUUGGCUCAAGCUGACUUGUUCACCACGAGCGACCUCGCUACUUUACAAGCCCUUACCACAUAUACUAUCACUUCACGAUAUAUCGACUCCAGUCGGCGCGCAUGGACCAUGGCUGCCAUCCUUGUGCGCAUUGCUCGCGCCUCCGGACUUCACAGCGAGGCCAUCCCGCGCACCCCUUUCAUCACCGAACUGAGACGGCGACUUUGGCAUAGCAUCCGCUUUACCGAUGUCUUUGUGAGUUGGGAUCGAGGAUCAUCCGAUCUGCUCAUCGAUUCCGCCCCAUCCGAAACCCCACGUCCUCUAAAUAUCGAGGACACUGAUAUCAACGAAUCUUCCGAGACGCUUCCGCCGGAGAGAGAAGGCCUGACAUCGAUGAGCUGGGCAGUCAUCUCGGUGGACUCCGCAAGUAGCAUGCUGCGCUUCAGUGCGCGCUCCGAAUCGAAGCCCGGCGGCGGCGACACCUGGGAAGACCGGCUGGCCGCCGCCAACGAGUUUGCACGACACAUCAACGACAAGUACCUCCGCCACAUCGACCCCACCGAUCCCUACCACCGCUUUGUGAAGCACGUGUGCGGAUCCAUGAUCGCCUCGCAUCGACUUCGCGCCGUUCGCCCCAUGCGCAAACACCCGCUGAGCACCGCCCCGCGCGUGGACAGCCCCUACGUCCUCCAACUCGCCCUCGAUUCCAUCCGCGCCUCGGAAGACACGUACACCGACGCCGCCACGAAACCCUUCCAAUGGCUCGCAUGGGUGCCCUGGCAUCCGCUGGCCGUCGCGCUCGCUGGCCUCUGCGCGAUCCGGGACACCGAGCUCGCCAACGAGGCCUGGCUCGCGGUCGACAAAGCCUACCUCCGCCUCCGCGGCGUCAUCGCCGACUCGCAAAGCGGCAUGCUCUGGCGCCCGAUUGAAAAGCUCUACAAAACCGCCACCGCCUUCCGCGAGCACCGCGAAGGCUCGGCCGAAAUCUCACCCCCAUCCCAUCAACAACCCCUCCAACUCCCCUUGCACCCCAGCAAUACCAUCCCCACAAGCCCCUACCCCAUCAUCAACCCCUUCUACCCCUCCCCCGCUUUCCCACCAAACAACGCCGCCGCCGCCGCACACUCCCUCUCCAACAACACCACCACCUUUCCCCCCUUCGACCCCAACACCACCAACCCCAUGAACCUCGACCUCACCAACCCCACCGCCCUCUCCGAUUUGGACUUUUCGAACUCCAACCUCAACUGGUGGAUGGAGUUUCAGAAUAUUUUCGAGGACAUGUCGACGCCGGCGCCCGAGCUGAAUGUGGGCAAUAUUGCGUGGGCGGGCGGCGGGGGCCCGAGUGCGGGGGGUGUCGCGGGGGCUUGGGGGGUGCCGCAGAAUCCGAUGUGA